GCUCAUAAUUACUGAGUCACACUUCUCUAUACAUGUGCUAAUUCACUAUCAAGCCUUUGGUCAGUCAUUUCAUAGUUCAUGGAUAACAUUUUCAUUUUAAUAUCUCAAGCGAAUGAGACCUGACUUUCAAAAUGUUUCAUCAAGAUUUUCAUGUCUAUGUGAUAUCUGUUGUCUAGACUUGGUUAGUAUACACUAUGUAUCAGCCUGAUUCGUGAUAGUGCUCUCCAUAUCUCUUGACUUCAGCAUCACUGGUUGCCGUGUCAGCAAACUUUACCACCACCAAUAUGUCAAGUACUUGGACAUCUCUGGUACCACUUACAUCUCCAGAUCCACUUCCACUACAACCACCUCUCCCUUCAGUUCCAAUGCCAACCAAUAUCUCAGCUCUGUGGUGUCAUACUAACUUGACAAUUUCCUGGGAGAACCCAGCAGAGGGUAGUGCUGAUGUUUUACAUACUGAAAUCCUGCUCCUACACAACAAUUCUUACCUCUGGGAGACCAGAACACUGAUCUGUAAACACUGUUCUAAUAUCACUGUGAAGGGGCUUGAAGAUAAUAACAAAUAUACUAUACAGCUUAGGGCACAUACUGGCUCAGGAAGAAGCAAUUACUCUGAUUCGCUGGUUAUUUCACCUGGCACUACAACCACAUCUACCAGCCAGCACUGCCCAGGUCAAGCAGACGACAUUACAGUGUUACUGGCAAUAAGUAUAGGGGGCGCUGGUGGGGGUCUCCUUCUUAUCAUCAUCAUCAUACUUCUCAUCCUACUUGGAACAAGAGGCAAGAAAGCAAAAACCCAAGAAACAACUACCUGCAAGAUGACAGAAAUUCAUACAAAUGAGGGACACCUUUCUACAACAGUUAAUGACAAUGAACAGCAAUCAAGAAACAGAAGAGAAAAUAUCAAUCCUACAGGCACAAGUCAAGAAGAACCGGCCCAAUAUAUGAGUAUAAAUGUUUAUGAUGAAGCUGAAGAGAGAAAUAUGCCAGGUCACUCUAACAAAAAACAUGUGCCAACAAGUCCAAAGCAAAUGGAUGGUAGCCAUUACAUGAAUGUGAAUGGGGGAGGGGAGGAUGUCGCACCAAAUAGUUGUCCUAAAUAUCUGCCUCCUUCAGCCAGCAGAAAAAGCUCUAAAAAGUUCAUGGACACUUAUGAAAUUCAAACCAACCCAACAACUACCUCUUCUAGCUGGAAAACAGGCUGGGCUAAACAAGUCUCCAGUUUAAGCAGCUUUCUAGGUGAAAAGAAAGCCAGCAGGAAGCAAGGUCAUAACACUGAUACUGAAUAUGUUAAUGUUAAUGAAUAUGCAAAUAUCAAGAGAUAGACAUUUGACUGGAAGGAAGAAACCAAAAAUUUAAGAUCAAUAAUCAACAGAAUGCAAAAUGUUAUUCAGAUUAACUGGGAAUGGACAAUAAUAAGUGAGCAU